GGAACGUGGGGGAGAAGCUCCGGUAAAGUUUAGUGAGCCCCGGGCCGGCGUUGGGGUUCGGCCGUGGGGCAGCGGCGGGAGUCUGCCUGGGCGGGACGUUACUCUUUCUCUCUGAUUCCGGGCAACCGGGGGGAGAAACCCCCUCGAAGGGUGUGUGUUUGGAUGCAGUGUUGGGUGGUGGGAUGCAGCUACCUCUUCUCCCUUCUUUUCCUUCUCUGGCUGGUGUGGAGGGUGAACGGAGCCUUUGGGGGUCUCUGCACACACCAUGAUGGCGAUGCUAUAGCUGCCGGAGGUGAAUGGUUCGUGUUUAUAUCCCCCCGUUGCCUUUUGUUUGUAGGGACAUCUUGCUGGCCAUGUUGAUUUGAACGAAAUUCUGCCCUCAUCUUCCAGCAACCCCCAAUAAAUAGAACGUUCCUCCGUUCCUCUCAACUGUACUAAUUACUCACGGCUCGCGAAAUGAGAUGAAAGGGUGCCCCCCUCUCCCCGCUUUUUUCUCCCACCCCAAUCUUCUUUACCUGACGAUGGCUUCUUUACCGAAGCAGAUACACCACUACACAAGCAGUUGGGGGAGGGGGUGGAACCCUUAUGAUUGGAUUGUGACAAAUGGGGCUCCGCUUGAAUAAUUUUCGUUUAGUAGCAAGCCGUUUUUAACUAACGCGUAUUAUUUUGAAGCUCUGAACGUUAUAUUCCCAUCUCUGUGGCUUCCUGUGUGUGAACCAAGCAGCCGAUUAUAUCCUGACCCAGAGAACUGACAUCUCUGUCAGAGUGGAGCUUGGGAUAAACAAUUGUAAUUCUUUGCGGGGAGAGUCUCUUUUUAAUUAAUAAAAAUUAUUCAAAAAAAAUUCUCCGUUAUAAUGAAACGAGAACUUCUAGAACAUCCAGAUACCAGGUUUCUUUCUGGAGAGUUUUUUGUGGAAAAGCCUCCCUGGAAGAUCGUUUUUCUCCAGUAACUUUGCAAUGUUAACAUUGCAAGAUUUGUAAGGUGUUGGCUUUAGUGUCACUCUUUUAAUUUGCUUCUAAUUCCAAUUUACUUCAGGAAGAGCAGAUUUAGAACGGUUGGUUUCGUUUUCCCCAGCUUCAAACUGUUGACUGAAGUGAGGAAACCUCGGAAUUGGGAUACUUGGAGAUAUUUAAAGAGAGUAAAAGUACACAACUUUAAGAUACGUGUUUUCUAUGGUUUUACUCUCUAAAAAUGCGGUCAAUAUGUUGCUGUGAUCUUUGCCUUCUGAUAUUCAUUUUGUUAGGAAUCCUUUUAGAUGAAAGCUAAUGAGUUCUGUUAUACACGGACCACAGAGUAAAGCCGAAAAGCUUGUUCUGGCUAUAUUGUCACUCUUGAUGCUGUCCAAAGAAACUGGUAUGGGAAGCACAUGCUGGGAGAUUUCUCCUUUGUUCUUUCUCAUUUUAAGAAAGUGCCUUUGGGGAUAGAUCAGAUCCCUGGCGUGAGUUUUGUUAAAGUUUCUCUUUACAAAAAACAGCCAGUAUCAGAGCUGAACACUUGGGGGAAAUGUUAUUUUUCUAGUAUUGGUCUCCUUUUUUGCCUCUCUCCAAAAUGUACUUCAGUUUUUCUGGAGGAGUUAUUUUUUACUUUCAUGUUCCUGUUGUAUAAAUUUUCAAAUUAUAAUAACUGUUUUGACAUACUGGUCUGUCAUUGUGUGCCCCAUACUUUGAAGAGCUGUGAUAAAUUGCUUAGCUGGUGAUAACAGUGUUACCGUUUUUGUUAAAACUUGAUUUUGGUUAGAUUUGCUGGUUUUGUUUUGUUUUUCCCUGGAGGUGGGGCAUAAUCUCAGGAACACCUAUGUUAGGGUUGUUUGAGAAUGUCUGUAUGUUUCUGUGCGGUGAGUUUUGGAAGAUACUUGUUUUAGAAAUUUUCUGAGGGUUUUCGUUUGUGGUUUUUGGAGGUAAGUAACUGUUGUAAUAAAGUAGGAAAAGUAAGAAUAAUUUUUUAAAAAUGAGAUUUUUCAAAGUUUUAAGUGAAAAUACAGCACUUCCAAUAAAUUUCCAACUAUGAGGCUUUGAGUUAAUAUAGUGACUUGUUCUGUAUUAGUUCACAACCCACAUUUCAUUUGGCUGUGGAUUGUAUUCGUAAUUAUUCUCCUCAUGUCCCAUUUUUAGUGAGUCCUUUCAAAUCUAUAAUAAAACUCUAAAGAUCAGAUGGCCAAAAUCGAUAGAUCCAUAUCCCUUGUAGGAAUAGUUCAAGCUUUAGCACUUCAAGAUAUUGCCAAUAAAAAUUAGAUUGUGAGUCAUACAUAUCAAAAUGAGUUCUCUGUGCACAGUUAUGAAAGGUUGAAUUUUUCAUUAGAGGAUACCCAUAAGUGACAUUCUUAAGAAUGUAGAGGGUGAGCAUUUUAUUAUCUUUAGGAACUUAAAAGUAGAAGGAUGAAAUGGCCUGACGAUCUUGGUAUUAAUAAUCUGACAGUUAAGUGUAGCUCUUCUUAAAGUGUGCUUUUUUUUUAAUAGUAUUUUUUUGCAUUAAAAUGCAAAAACAAUUAUAUUGUCAUUGUAACAGUGGGAAAGAAGUAGUUGAGUGGGAAGAGAAACCACUUUUUAAAGUAUUGGUAAGAGUAUCAGUAAAUCCUGUUGAAUUCUGCCUGUUUUAUUUUCAAGAAGUAGCCACUUAAUUUUGACCUUCGUGGUGUAGUUUGUCAGCCUUUGUCUCAGAUAGAAGCAAAUAAAUCUGAGAAUUCAUGGAUUUGAUUUGAACCUCUGUAACUUGCUGCUGUCAAGUGCCACAUUUAGAUGACUUUUGUUUUAUGUCACCGGUGUUAAGAACAUUAUUUGAAAACAAUUUUUAAAAUUCUUUAGUUUUUAAGUAUUUCAUAUAAUUGUUUUGAAAUACUGCCAUCUUUUCUACCCCCAUUUUCUCCUUGGUGGUUGUAUUGUCUUUUUCUUCCAAGAGUGACUCGUAAUCCCUGUUGAUUGCAGUAGUGCUUAGUGGUUAGUCCAUAGCUGAUUAAACUUGGAUUUCUCCUGGUGAAUUCCAUCAACCUGCUGCUCCAGGGUUCUUGCUGAGACUUUUGAGUCCGGUGUAAUUGUACUUUUUCUUGCUGGUAACUAGGGAUAAGAAAAUAAAAUAGCUUGUAUUUGUAGUGGGAACUGGGAAGAAGUAUCUAAGUCCUGAGAAAACUAGAUGCUUAUGAUGAGAUAUAGCCUUCAAAAACAAAGAGAACCUAGUCCGUUACUUCAUAUAGUACUUUGCAGUUUGUAUGAAUUAUCUCAUGUGAUCUCUCCAGCAGUUCUUUGAGGUAGGCAAGGCAGAUGAUACCUCCCUUUUAUGUGUAAAGUGAGCCCUGAAGAGGUUAGUGACAAGCGCAAAGUCAUACAAAUAAAAGUGGUAGAGACUUGAACCUAGGUGUUCUGAUUUCAAAACCUUGGGUUGCAGGCUGCUUUAAAGGUGCCAUGGCAGUCCUGGAACCCUCUAAGCAGGGCUUCGAACAUGCUGGUGAGGAUUUGGAUUUCCACUCCCAGAUAUACUGAAUCAGGUUCUACAGUUUAACAAGCCCCCAGGUGAUUCUUCUCCCCCCUUAAAAAGCAGCUAUGUACAUAAGAAUCACCUGGGGAUCUUGUUAAAAAUGUAGAUGUACCAUAAGAAUCACCUGGAGAAUGUGGAUUCUGAUUGAGUAUAUCUGGGAUGGAAAGGCAAAUUCUCAGCAGGGGGUCAACCUGGAACAAACCAGUUCGAAGCCCUGCCUCUACAGGGUGCCUUGUUCAUGAAGAAUUCCAGUUAUGUUGUUGCUAAUACUUUCCCUUUUGCUUUAUGUCAGGGUAUGUUUGGAUAUUCCUUGGGUUUUUUGCAAGGAAGAUUUUGGAGUUUGUUAGUUGAAAUCAUAGGCAUUACUUCUUGCAGAUGUUGUUUUGCGUGGGAAAAUUUCAGAGAAUACUGAAAAGUAAGCAGAAAAAUAAGCAACACCUGUAAUCCCAGCACCCAGAAGUAUCAUCUGGGUAUAUAUCCAUUUAGUCAUUUUCUCUGUGAGUGUAUGGUUAUUCAUCACAAAAGGAGAUCACACUCUACACUUUUUGUAAUCUGCUAUUUUCUUAGCUAUCUUCGCAGGUCAGUAAGUAUAGGUCUGUGUUAUCAUUUUAAAGAUUACAUUGUAUUUUAUUCAACUAGUCCCUGUCCAUUUUAAACAGUGCCUUGACAAACAUCCUUAUGUAAAAGUUUGCAGAUGUUUUAUUUUAAUUAAAUAAAUUGAUAUGACAGACCUUCUUCUUGCUUUAGGGAUCAGUGCAAAUGAUAUGUUGAUUAGAUGAAGUGCUGUGAGUGAAUUAAGUUAGUUCUUGCUUUGUUCAUUGUUUAUACCUUUAUUAUUUGUUUCUAUAAAUGUGUCGUAUAGGAUUAUUAAAUGAUGGCAGAGAUAGAUUUUAUAAAAUGUAAGCAAAUAUUACUUCUGAAUUAGAACAUUUGAUGGAGUAUGAAAUGGAUUAUGAAAUAGCAUGUAUAACUUAUUUCAAGUAUGUUUGAUUUUGGAAAUUAUAAUCAUUAAAUAUUGCAAGUUUAUGUGCCAUAUUUAGAUGUUCAUCAGUUUUUAAAUGACAUUAAAAAGCUAUAAAGUGGAAAAAACCUGUUGCUGUCGAGUCAAUUCCGACUCAUAGUGACCCUGUAGGACAGAGUAGAGCUGCCCCAUAGGGCUCCCAAGGAGUGGCUGGUGGAUUCGAGCUGCCGACCUUUGGGUUAGCAGCCGAGUUCUUAACCACUGUGCCACCAGGGCUCCUAAAAAGCUACACUGAGAAAGUAGAAAUGAGAAUUUGCUUUAUGCUUUAUGCAUUUAGCCUCAGCAAAGUGUUGCUGUAGUAUUAAAUUUGUAGGUAACAUUUUUUGGAGAAGCUGAUUAUAGAGAAGGUUACAUAGGCAAUAAAAAUACCUUUCUGUUUUAAGAAGUAAAUUUAUGCGUUAAACUAAUUAAUACAUAUGUGUAUUAAGUUAAGGAUACCAAAUGUUGGUGUAACACCUGAAAAGUACUGUACUGUAGAAGGAACUAUUGAUGAAAUUAAGGAUAUGAAAUUGAUCGUACUCUAAAUUUGAUUUGUUAGAAUUUGGUCCUUACCUAAUUAUGUAACGUAUUUUAUUAAGAUUUUUGAAAUAGGGAAUGGAGAAAUUUCAAGGUAUUCAACUGUCCUUUACCAUCAAUUUCAAAAGUAGUACUAACUGCCAUUUACUUUUUGCUACUCUUACAACUAGGUAUUUACUUCUUCCAUAUGAAAAAUGUGGACCCAUUGCUUUUGAUUUCCUCAACUCUUGGUUUCAGUGGUGUCACAUGUAAAGAUAAUUCCUAGAACCCUCCUCCCCUCAGAAUUUUCUGCAAAUGGUUAUGAGCCUUAGAGUUUCUGAACUCCAAGUACUGUUGGGCUACGCUGGGAGAAACAAGCACGGACGCAAACACGAACUUCUCACAAAAGCCCUGCAUUUGCUAAAGGCUGGCUGCAGUCCUGCUGUACAAAUGAAAAUUAAAGAACUCUAUAGGCGGCGGUUCCCCCAGAAAAUCAUGACGCCUGCGGACUUGUCCAUCCCCAACGUACAUUCAAGUCCUAUGCCAGCAACUUUGUCUCCAUCUACCAUUCCACAACUCACUUAUGAUGGUCACCCUGCAUCAUCACCGUUACUCCCUGUUUCUCUUCUGGGACCUAAACAUGAACUGGAACUCCCACAUCUUACAUCAGCUCUUCACCCAGUCCAUCCGGAUAUAAAACUUCAAAAAUUACCAUUUUAUGAUUUACUGGAUGAACUGAUAAAACCCACCAGUCUAGCAUCAGACAACAGUCAGCGCUUCCGAGAAACCUGCUUUGCUUUUGCCCUGACACCACAACAAGUGCAGCAGAUCAGCAGUUCCAUGGAUAUUUCUGGGACCAAAUGUGACUUCACAGUGCAGGUCCAGUUAAGGUUUUGUUUAUCAGAAACCAGUUGUCCACAAGAAGAUCACUUCCCACCCAAUCUUUGUGUGAAAGUGAAUACAAAGCCUUGCAGCCUUCCAGGUUAUCUUCCACCUACUAAAAAUGGUGUGGAACCAAAGCGACCCAGCCGACCAAUUAAUAUCACCUCACUUGUCCGAUUGUCCACAACAGUACCAAACACCAUUGUUGUUUCUUGGACUGCAGAAAUUGGAAGAAACUAUUCCAUGGCAGUGUAUCUUGUAAAACAGUUGUCCUCAACAGUUCUUCUUCAGAGGUUACGAGCAAAGGGAAUAAGGAAUCCGGAUCAUUCUAGAGCUUUAAUUAAAGAGAAGUUGACUGCGGAUCCAGACAGUGAAAUAGCUACAACCAGCCUGAGGGUUUCUCUGCUCUGUCCACUUGGUAAAAUGCGGCUGACAAUUCCAUGUCGGGCCCUUACAUGUUCUCAUCUCCAGUGUUUUGAUGCAACCCUUUAUAUUCAGAUGAAUGAGAAAAAACCAACCUGGGUUUGUCCUGUCUGUGAUAAGAAGGCUCCGUAUGAACACCUUAUUAUUGAUGGCUUGUUUAUGGAAAUCCUAAAAUACUGUACAGAUUGUGAUGAAAUACAGUUUAAGGAGGAUGGCUCUUGGGCACCUAUGAGAUCAAAAAAGGAAGUACAGGAAGUUUCUGCCUCUUACAAUGGAGUUGAUGGAUGCUUGAGCUCCACAUUGGAGCAUCAGGUGGCUUCUCACCACCAGUCCUCAAAUAAAAACAAGAAAGUAGAGGUGAUUGACCUGACCAUAGAUAGUUCAUCUGAUGAAGAGGAAGAAGAGCCAUCUGCCAAGAGGACCUGUCCUUCCCUAUCUCCCACGUCACCACUGAAUAAUAAAGGCAUUUUAAGUCUUCAACAUCAAGCGUCUCCAGUGUCCCGUACUCCAAGCCUCCCUGCUGUAGACACGAGCUACAUUAACACGUCCCUUAUCCAAGACUACAGGCAUCCUUUCCACAUGACCCCCAUGCCUUAUGACUUACAAGGAUUAGAUUUCUUUCCUUUCUUAUCAGGAGACAAUCAGCAUUACAACACCUCCCUCCUUGCCGCCGCAGCAGCAGCAGUUUCAGAUGACCAAGACCUCUUACACUCGUCUCGGUUUUUUCCGUACGCCUCCUCGCAGAUGUUUCUCGAUCAGUUAAGUGCAGGAGGCAGUACUUCUCUGCCAACCACCAAUGGAAGCAGUAGUGGCAGCAACAGCAGCCUCGUGUCUUCCAAUAGCCUGAGGGAGAGCCACGGCCACACCGUCACAAAUCGGGGCAGCACAGACACAGCGUCCAUCUUCGGCAUCAUACCAGACAUCAUUUCAUUGGACUGAUGCCCCUGCCCUGCGGCUCCCAUCCCCACCCCAGAGUAAAUGGACUUGGCAGAAAGAAGAGAACUUUGUGCUCUGUUUUACCUUAUUCUGUUUAGAAAAGUACACAAGCGUGUUUCUUUUUUUCCUUUUUUUAGGGAAAAAAAUUAAAAGAAUUGUACAGAGAACAAAACUAUAUUUUCAGUUUUACUUUUGUAUAUAAAUCUAAGACUGCCUGUCUGAUAAAACACUUGUUUUAAAAAAAAGAAAAAAAAAAAGAAAGAAAAGAAAAAAACAAGCACCCACAAACCACCUUCAGUUCAUUUUUUCUGGAUUCUGAAGAUUUUCAUCAUUUGUCCUAUGGUUUCGGUUUUAUUUUACUUCAGACAAAUGGCAUUAUUUUAUUUGCAAGAACAUAAAAGGAACUGCAUGUAUGAAGUUUUAAAUUGUGGGCUUUUCUUUGUUGUGGGGAGGGGCUGGGGGAAAUAGGUUUAAUUUCCAUUUGCUAAAAAUGACAGAGUUGAAUUCUGUGUGUGUGUGCAUAUUUUAUCCAGCUUUAAGUUAUAAAUCUCAUCUGUCCCACUGCAUUCCCUACGUAUUUUCAGGACAUAGCUCGUGGGUGUGCGUGUUCAGUGUGUGGGUCUGUGUGUAUUUGCUUGUCAUUACUGUUCCUUCUCCUCCCCAGUUUGCAUUCAGUUGAUAUGUCAGUUGCCUGCUUCUUUCAAAGUGCUUGGAAGGCCUUGAACUCACAUGUAAACAUCUUUACCACCUAUGCAUGUUCUCCAUCACGUAUUCUCUCUUAUUUGCUAUACUCCCAGAGAAAGUCUUUUAGAGAUAAUGGAACAAAGCUGUCAGGGUAAGAGGUAAGAGUAGGCCUAGCAGACCUGUGAAUAAUACCCUUCAGUUCUUUAUUCUAAAUCUGGAUUGCCAGCGAGUAGUGUGUAUUUAAGCAAAGUCUGUGAGCACCUGCUUUUUUGGCCACAGGGUAACAAGUUUUCAUGUAAGAUCUUCAUACCAAAGUAGGAAGUACAAGUAGUUUAGAAAGCCUUGUUGCACGUCUUUUGCAGCUGACAGAGGUCAUGUUACAUCACAUCAGAAAAGAAAGAUGGACAGUCAGUUAUCCUGAAAGUCAAUUCUGCUUUGAAAGGACAGUGUACCACACAUGUCGAUCUUAGAAAUCUGCUUUUUGAUAAACAGUCGAAAUUCAAAAUGGGUUGGAUCCUUAGUCAUUUUUACUCUCUGGUUCUGAGUGUACUCAUUUUCUGAACCUGUCUACCUUGUUUGUUUUAUCUUCAUCUUUUAAAGACAAGCAUGCCACGGGAAAGUCACUGUUGGGAAUUCCUGGAUCAGCCUGAUCUCUUCUUAUUAAUAAUGGAACAUGUAAAUAUAUUGAAAGCUGUUUGUCAGGAGAUGAGUGAGGGCUGGAGGGUAGGAAAAAUGGUUCUGUUUGUGUCCUAGAAUCCUCAUGAGAGAAGGCAGUAGUACUUUCUCAAGUGUGGGAAAUAUUUUUCUAGCUGAUUGAGGAUGCAGGUUUAACAGAAAAGAUAAAGAAGGGACAUAAUGAUUGCCAGUUUUCCAGACGGUUUUUAUAUCACAACUGUUAAUGCCAAUGAGUCGUUGUUAGAGCUGAUGAAGGACCACUCUUUGUGUAUAAACUUGUCUUUUUAAACGUUGCAUUGGUAACAAAAUGACCCACUUUAAUCCAGGUAGAAUCCAAGAUGGCUGUAUCUUCAGUUGUAUGCUAAACUGAAUGGUUCACAUGACUGUGUGGCAUUAAAAAUAAUGUCUGUUUUUACAGCAUCUCUCUGCCACUAAAUUGUUGACUUGAAUUUCGGGCAAAAAAAGUUGGUGUUGAUAUGUAUAUGUGUGUGUGUAUAUAUGUAUUUAUAGACAUAUGUGUGAGUGACAAGUGAGUUAUAUGGUCUUCCCCUAUGCAUGCAUAUUCCACACAUAAAUGGCUGAGUUCUAGUCACUAAAUAAUUGCAAUAAAAAAAAAAAAAAAAAAAUGGAUUCAUUGUCAGUUAAAACAGGAAAUAGUUUUGUUUUUUUAAUGCAUCUGGUAUUAUGGUGAAUAAAUACUUUAAGAAUUCUCAUUGCAUAUUAAUUUAGGUUAUUAUCUAAUAGUAUCAUAAUUUGUGUUUAAAUUUGGGUUGAGGUAGAAAUUAAAUUGUGGGGAGUUGCUUCUGAUUUAACGUUAGAUUAGGACACAUAUUUCUAUUAAUUCAACUACCCAAGGUAAGAGGAAUAGUUUAUUUUUUUUUUUUUCCUUUUUCUGUUGUUGUUAGUGGGUCUCAAAACUCUGAUCAGUAACUGUAUGUGAUACUGAAUUACAAACUCUUUAAAUGAUCCAGUUGAAAACCCUUCCGUCUACUUUCUUUAGCCCAGUUUUGGUGAGGGUUAAUUAGUUUCCUGCGUUUUACCAACCUAAGGGAAGAACAGAUAAUGUCUGUCCGGUGUCUAUGGUCAUGUCUCCAUGGGAGAAGUAAACCAAACGUCUUUUUAUUUUAGCUCAUUCCAUUCUGUGAGGCGUUAACGUUUCUUUCAGUUGUCUACUGUCCAGAAUGUUGUAUUAUUAGUAUUUAUCACUCUGUUGGUCUCAUGGUUGAUACCAGUCAGUGACUUUCCUAUAAUUAGUAGUAGAGUCGUGCACUGCAUCUUUACUUUCUGAUAAAAAAGCUCAUGGUCGUUUCACCUCUGUUUCCCUCAGCCCAUCCUCAGUCCCCACCCCUGCCAGUACUGACAUGCUGUCUGUGGACAAGUAGCAGUUCUCAGAACCUUAGGCACAUUGGCACAAUUCCCCUUGCCUUGGUCUUUCAUAGUAAGUGUGCGUAUGUUUGUAUAUGUGUUUCUGUACAGUACUGUGUGUGUGUGGUGUGUGCGCACACAUCUUUGAUGAAACAGCUGUUUGAGUAGCAGGGUUGAAGUGGCUUUUAAUUACUUUGUGGGCAUUAUUGGACACCUUUUACAGCCAUCUGAACUUUAACCGUGCCGUAUUUGCUUGGCUCAUUUAUUUUGAGCAUUAAAAUUUUUCUACUAUUAACUUAGGCAUUAUCACAAUUCUGUAUCAUCACCGACUUAGGAAGAAUUCACCUAAGCUUUUGACAAAUGUGAUUUCUUGGCAGAUUUUCCUUUGAGUCAGAUGUCUGAAUCUGAAAUUGUAUCCCAAUUUUAAAUUAAUAACUGUAGGAAGCAUAUUGUUUUUUUUUUUAAUCAGUUUUAAAUACAUAAAAUAUUUCAAGAUCUUUGAGACUUUAAAGCCUAUUUGAAAUUAUUUUAGUAAGAAUUUUACCAAUAUAUGUUGAAUUCUGUUUUUUAAUAAAACACAAAGCUUAGAUUUCAGAAAGAGGGAGGAAGAAUAGCUGGUGGUCCCAGAGUGUGCUGCUGUUAUGUAUAUAAACAGAUAUAAAAGUUACCAUAAAUUCCAUGAACUUAAAAUCUGUGAUUCAUUGCCUUAAAACUUUCUCUCUUAGAAUUUCCAUACCGCAUGCCAAACCAGUAAAAUGGCUUUUAAAAAUGUAUAGUAGACCAAUGUCAGUUUGUAUAAAAGUACCAAGUGAAAAUAUUUAUUACAUGCAUUGGAAAAAAAAAAUUGUUUACCUAUUGAAUGUUACCUGUUUAUGUAGAGCUCUUUAGAUGUAAUAAAAGAAAAGCCUUCAGUUAUAA